AAUGGGGUGAUGAGAGACAAAAUGUGAGAUACCUGAUGAGGAAGUGAACUAACUGGAGCAACAUAUUAGCAGAAUAUCGUUGUUCAAAAAACGCCUGAAUGCUGGAGACAGUAAAUCACAAAAGAAUAAAGGGAAGCCAUGGCGUCAUGGAAGGCGCUAUUGGCUGCCUGCCUGCUGCUCACAACUGAUGAAGAGCACAAGGACCGAAUAGAGAGGCUCGCGACAACGGUUGUCGAGGCAGUUUUCAAUGCCUACGACGUCCAGUGCUUCCCUGUGUUAACUCAGGAGUACGACGAAGUCUCGCUGCUCUUACUGAAGUAUUUAUCACAGCACACUCGCUUUAGUUUUGUGAUGGAAUUCGGAGGCCGCCGAGGCGACUGUCCUGGAUAUAUGAUAAUUGGAAGAAACCCUCAAGCUAUAUUUGAGAUCUGGAACACUUAUUUCCAAUUGCUUAUAUCUUCAAAAUCUUUAUUUGGAAAUAAAACACGGAAAUUAUCAAAAAAAUACGUCCCUUUCUUGAUGGUAAUAAAUUCUGACACCGGACUUCAUCACAGACGCUCCUUCCAUCUCCGACUUGGCGGUGACUGGUUUUGUGCCUGCGUCGAAUUUCGUCUGCGCCGUUUCCGCCAGGUGGCGCACGACGAGGCGGACGUUGAGAAGUGGGCAUUGCAUCCGUCCUUCACGCGGCGCUCGGCGCUGGGCGUGGCGUCUCUGCGGCGCACGGUGCUGGUGGCGGGCCCCGCCCCCUUCCGCGCCUUCUGGGCGGACCGGGCCGCGGGCCGCUUCGUGCCCCUGGACCGGCGGCUGGCCGAGACGCUCGCGCCCCAGAACAACGUCCGCGUCCGCUGGCCGGACAUCCGCGGGGAAGAGCUCCGCAUGGCCGUCACUCACCUCCCGCCCUUCAUGUCCGAUAAUGGUGGUGGUGUGGAGAUCAAAAUUGUGGAGACGCUAGCAGAUGUUUUGAAUGGCAAACUGACAUUUCAACCAACUAUAAAUGACGAACCAUUUUGGGAGUUGUCCUUAAAUUGGACACGUAACAGCGUUACAAACGUGACCGGUGGCUUCGCUUUGAACUUGCUCGUGUCCCUCAGUCUGGACUUUGGCGUUCCUUGGAGCUCGGGCUGCACCACACUGCUGGCGCCGCGGCCGCAGCCUUCGUACGGCGACGCGGCGGCGCUGCUGCGGCCGCUGGCGCCGGCGGUGUGGUUGGCGCUGCUGUUGGCGCUGCUGGCGACGGGGCUGGCGCUGCUGGCGGUGGCGCGCCUGCAGCCUGGCGCCCGGCGCCACCCUCUGCACAUCGCCCAGCAGCCGGGUAAGGGGGUUGCUUUUAUUUAUUAA